UCUUUCAUAACAAGGAGGGAGGACUGCCGUCUGGCUGACAGGAGGGGCGGCCCAGGCUCCAUGCGUCCCUGCACACACACCGUGCAUUCCUGUCAGCGCACAUACACGCACGGGUAACCUUGCUGGCACUGCGGCACUGGGAUGUGAGGCCGGGCACCGCUCAUGGAAAGUUUGUAGCCCUGCUGCUUGUGGGCAAACAAGCUGUGUGUAUUGUGUGCGCUGUGGCGGCAGCCAGGCACCUGGGCGCUGGGAACAGGGGGGCGCCCUAUGGAUGUUGCGCUCAGCGGGGAGCGAAGGGGCAUGUGACACGCGGAAGGACACCUCCAGGGCCGACCUGUGACAGGAAUGUACAAUGUGCCCGGAUAGGUGACACCACGGGAGAGCAUUGUGUACAAACAGCGGGGGGCUGGGGUUACUUGGCCCGUACACACCUGUACCUGCCGAAGAGCUGCUAAGCCUGCCGGAUACAAUGCCCCCUGCGCUUGGUGUCGGGUGUGUGCCCAGAGGGGAAGAAAGGGACGGCCAAGCUUGGUAUUAGUCUGGCGCUGUAUGAGCGGCUCAUGUAUGGGCAAGGUUGGCCAAUAGUGUGCAACACACCCGGAUCUGACUGGCACUUAACUCAGGACUAAGCGCCUUCGCUCAGCACAAGGACACUUGCCCCUCACCCCCCGGUGGAUGCUGAACCAGCCGGGUGUGUGUCGGGGAUGGGUGGGCGGCAGAGCAGCAGUCCGGCAGCGGACGGUCGAACAAGGGCUUAUUCUGGAUCGGAUAUCCCUACUAAUACGGCCCGGGGGCCUUACAGGGGCCCUUCUGGUGUCGCCUCUUCCUCCUCGUCCCCUAUAGCCAGAUACUCCUAUGUUUCAAGUGGGCAGGCGGCAGCGGGCAGUGCCGGGAGAGGGGCGAGCGGCACGGAGAGCACUCAGCCAGCAGCAUUGGCUUCCAGGAGCCGCUCUGUGGGGGGGAUACGGAGCCAAGCCCCGCUUAGUAUUCCCGGGGCAGCCCGGGACUCUGGCAGCAGCACACCCGAGGAAGGAUCCCGGGAAAGGGCACCUGGGGGGCGCGAAUCUAGGUUAAUGAUUGGAUCUUUACCUGCUCACCUCUCCCCACACCUCUUUGGCGGAUAUAAGUGCCCAGUUUGCUCAAAAUUUAUUCCCACAGAUGAAAUGGAUUUGCACCUUGUAAUGUGCUUAACAAAGCCAAGAAUAACAUACAAUGAGGACGUCCUCACUAAAGAUGCUGGCGAGUGUGCGAUAUGCCUGGAAGAACUGCAGCAAGGGGACACGAUAGCAAGACUGCCAUGUCUAUGUAUAUAUCACAAAGGGUGCAUAGACGAAUGGUUUGAAGUAAAUAGAUCGUGUCCCGAACAUCCUUCCGACUAGACUACUAGGGUCCUGUAUGAUAGGUUGCCUCUCUGUUUCGGUGAGUGGGAAAGCCAAUGACUACAGUGAGUACCUGAGAGACAGCAUUGUAUCCAGCCUAAGCACCGAGACUGCUGUGAGUGCAGUGAGCGCGGGCCAAUGAGCAGCAGCAGCCCCAGUGCCAGUGACUCCGUCCCACGGAUGAUAAAGGACUGCCUCCGAGAUCAGUGUGCCAAACCUUCUUACACGGACACACACACAGGGAUUCUUUAGAAAUGCUGCACAUACUCUUUUGCCCUUCCAUUCCUCUUAAUGAACAUUUUCUAUGUGAAGGCCAAAGUAACCCCGUGUCCUAGCGUUCUUUUUUUAACAUUGUAUAUUGAUGGGAGCCGAUAAAAGUUGUAAUUUUUUUUCCUCUCAUGUGAAAGUUUCUAAAUAGCAAGUACAGAUUGUAAUAUAAAAGGUUCCUGGGCUUGAGGUACUUUCUAGCAGAACUUUUCAUUGUAUCCCUUCUUUUUCUAGAUGCCAAAUUCAAUACGGUUCACUUGUCUCUGUAUCUGCUCACUUGUGGUACGUUCCUUUGGGAGAGGGGGGAGUGGGAUGCAGCCACCUGUACUGAGCAAGUUCUUGGCCUGACCCUGGAGUCCAUAUUUGUUCUGGGAAGUACCACAAGGGUGGGGGCAUCCAAGGCCAUUAUGAUGGAACUGUAACCCAUGUCCCAUGUACUCGUAGCCAACAACACUUCCUAAAUAUAUCAGUUGCUGCCAUAAUUAUCUGCCUGCCUUUCAUGCCAGCGGCACUCAAGCCCAGCAGUGAUCACAAUAAUGAUCCCUUAAUGCUUUCAUCUCAAAGCACUUUUUAAGGCCACGUCAUCCAUUCACCUUGCUUUGCUGAUGAGAAUCCGUUAUGGACUUUUAUAAAUCUUUCAAGCAGUCAGGGAAAAUAAGCCAUUCAAGUGCCAUUUAUGACAGGGCAGUCGUGCUGAUCAUUUGUGUUUACACAAGGGGACAGAUACUGAAUUUUCCAUGUUUACCUUUAAAGAACAUUCCUUCUGAACCUGCUGGGAACUGCUCUGCUUUGUUUAAAGGAAAAAAUACAUGAUUUGUAAGUACUGCUCAGUUUCCCUUUACUCGUAGCCUGGAGCCCACAAUCCAUUUUGACUGCUGUUGUGUUUAGGUGGAAAUGGCAGUGGCUGAAACAUCCCAGUCUGCCUGUUGCCACUUCCCAUGGAGCUUCCUAAGGAAGACAUAGCCGUGAUAGGCAGACCACCACCACCACCUAUCAUCACCAUGUCUGCCCAAGGCUACGGAUUCUCAGCCCAGUCUGGCAUUAGCCCUAGGCAGACAUGGUGAUAACGGAUCACUGCUUAGAAAAUCUCACUUUAGCAGUUCUAAGUGGUGGUUCAAUUAUCAUGGUGCCUAUUCUCCAUACCUCUCUAUGGGGGGGUAGUGAUAAACAGUGAAAUAUUCCGCUGCCUGAGUGCAGCAGCAGUCAGAACACACUGUGUGCCAUUAGUCUUACACAGUCGUUUCCCAUACUGGGGGCUGGUACCCCAAGGAGUGCCAUUAGGAAUGAAUGGGAUGUUGGCUUAUUGGCUAGCCCAGAUGUGAUGUAUUAUAGAUGGGGAGCUGUUAUGGCAAUGUUUUAUUUCUACCCAAAAUGGAUGGUUCUCUGCCCACAUGGCUGUCGGGUGGAAAAGGCAGAGUUACACAUGUAUAUUUGGCUUUAGCCAGACUGCAGAGUAUGAGGGCCAGUGUAUUGUAGAACUUAGCCUCACUGCAUAUUUGUAUUUAUUCAUAUCAGUGGGAACUUCCACUACCAGUAAUAACUUGUUGAAGCACUGACCAUAGGCCAGGAAUUGGCAGAACUACAGCUACCAGCACUGCUCCCAGGCACUCUGUGUGGAAAAUACACCCAUUUAUACAUAAGGUACAUUUUCCCUUUAUUUAAACCCCAAGCACAUCCUUUGUACUUUUCACAUUGGUUGUGUAAUAUGGCUGAAUUCUCAGUCUGGCUGUCAGUCCUUACACCUCUACACAAGCCACAAGCACUGUGAGCAAAGCCCUGAAAUCCUUCUGCAGUCCCAUUGGUCUGAAGUGGCUCCAUUGCACUGCAGCUGCAGUCUUUCAAUGCAACUCUGUGUAGCUUUCCUUUAAUAAAGGACCCUUAUAUACACAACAUCGUUUUUAAAGGUGUCUGUUAAAUGGUUAAUAUAGCGCCAGCUCAUGUAGGUAAUGUGGGCAGGGUGCAAAGCUGAAGCGCCGUUUGCUCUCCUGGAAAGAAGUGCAAGAGUUGUGCCCCUCUCUCUAUACAGCACUGCAUAUAAGAGGGACGGAGGGUUGCAAGCUGGGGGAGGGUGCCAGGGGGGGCAGGGAGCUAUGGCAGGAGGCAAAUAUAAGGUCCCCAUAUGUCUGGCUGGCUGUAUUGUGGCUCUAAAGGCCAUGCUUCUGCCACCCUAGGCCUUCCUGCAGUUGCCCCUAACCCUUUAUAAAUAGGUGCCCAUGUCUGUUGGAAAUCACUGGGCUAAUAUAUGAUGUGAAUUUGUAAUCUGUAAUCUAAUAUGCUGUACAAAUGAAAAUAAAAGGGAUUACAUUCAGAUUCUGUUCUUUUUCAGUUUAGCAGCAUGCCCUUGUGGGAGGGGGGACCAUGGGGUUUUAUAUACAGGAUUUAGCUGGACUUCUCAUUACACAGUGGCCAUCAUGCUCUGUGCAAGCCAUACAACAGGGGUGCCCAACCAGGAGGCCUCUGUAUUAGUAUGCCAGUGGAACUGGAAAUUGCAUACAUUGUUUGUAUUAAAGGAAGUGCAGUUGGGCACAGUGAUACCAUGUGCAGUAAAGUGCUGAAAUGUAAUACAAAUUGGUGGAUAUGAUGUAAUUCCCAGCAACCCUAAGUAGAUCUUAGCUGUUAGUGAAAUGCUGGGAGUUGCAGUUCAGAUAGAGCUGCUGGGGCCCUGCUUGGACGUCCUUGUCAUUUUAAGCAAUGAAAUGUCAUUUGUUGAUGUUGUACAUGCACCAUAUAUAGUUUUUAUGCAGAUUAUUGCCUUAUUGUCUACAAAGUAACCCUGGCCGUAGGGCAUUUUAAUGGUCUUUCUGUAUCUGCUGCAUUUAUCCAGUUAGAUCUGGCAGCUAGCUGAGAGUCAUGGGACUGGUAGUGCACCCGGUGCGCAGUAGGUGCCUGCCCAGUCAAACGACACAGGAAUAAUUCACCUCUCCGACUCUGGUUACACGGUACUUGUUUUAAUGCAAUAAAUCAUUUGCCUCAAACCUA